UGCGCUUCUGAUUAAAAUUCGUAACAGCAGUCUGUUUUUAUACUCGAUAAUUCGUCCUUCUAAAAAUCGCUAUCUUCAUCUGUUAUACGUUUGUCAGUGUAUUCGCCGUACGCUUAUUCGAUCGUGUCACUAAUUAUAAGCACAAACUCGCUUAAACAACGAUUAUAAACGUCGGGGAUGAAUUACGCUCUCUUUGAAUAAGCCAAGGUGUUGAUAUAUAAAAGGAGUGAGAGACGAUCGCUGCACAGUGCACAUGUACAAUGUUUUAUUCUACUUAAUCUACGUUUCUAGAAAUUUAAUCGACAAAAUGGACCUAAUAACAACAACUUUUGCCACGUUGACUCUUUAUCUCAUACUCGCCUCCAACAGAAUUUUCACUGCUGCUGACGAAACCACCGAGUCUGAAGAACCGACGAAAUGUGGCAAAAAUGAAGAGUACACGACGUGCAAUCUUUGUCUAAAAAAUUGCGAAAAUCCCUUUCAAGAAAUUUGCUCGCCCGGGCCUUGCAUAAAGGCUUGUAAAUGUAAAUCGGGAUAUUACAAGGGCAGUGAGGGCGUGUGCGUGUCUAUCAUAGGUUGCAUUGUCGAUAAUAUCAGAAAUCGAAAAGCUUGAAAAGUUCAAAUGGCUUAGAGAAAACAGCCAUCUUUCUCGAAUAUACUCUGUUCGUUUCUAAGAAGAUCUCGGCAAAGAUCAAAUAGCGCAAAGUCAACCAACUACGGGCUACGGAUACGAGGACAUUUGCCGAAGAUAAGCACUCCCACUGCUAUCAAAGGUGCGAUCUGCCUCUCUCGAUACUAUCUCGAUCGUUCGAGGACCUAAUAACCUACUAAAUUCACAGCUUUUUGCCCUGAUGUAUAAAGAUGCAUGAAGAUGCACACAAAUGGUCAAAUUAGCGACCACGAUAAGUAUUUGUACGCCACUUUCGUAUGGCUACAAAAAUUUAAUGCUGCGGAAAUGAAAUUAGGAGUUUGACAAAGAAACGUUGCAUAGAAAAUAAAGAUAUGUAGCCACGGUGAAUGGUGAUAUUUGUGCCAUGAAAUGAGCUACGACGAUCGUGAAACGUCCCUUGCCUGCUUUACCAAAAGGAAUUCUAUUAAAAGAGGAGAGAAAAAAAACUAGAAAGAAUACUAACACCGACACUCGACUAAAUAUUGCCUGCUAAAUUUCGGUGCGCGCGAUUGCCAAUCGCUUUUGUUACGCUUAGGCGAAGCAAAUUCGCGACGAAACUUGCGAAACGACGGGAACCGUGAAAAGACACGACAGCCACAGGCGACUUCUUGGAAGAAACGAGAUUGUACGGUAAACACGAGUCGAAGUAGCCAGAAUUGGAUGGCAAAGGUCGUUAUCCGUAACCUCGUUUUACAGAUUUCGGAUAUGUAUUUGGUUUUCCCAAUGGUUUCGUUCACCGAAACGACGCCAACUUUCCUUCGAGAUCAUAACGGAGACGAUAUGGUGAAAGAGAGGCGUGUUCGUAUCAAUGAGCAACGACUAAUGGUACAGGCAGAGAUUAGAAACGAGCAGAUACUCGACUCUUCGAUAAAUAAACGAUAACAUUACGUAGGAAACGACAUCGGUUAUUUCCUUAAAGUAUUGAAAUUUUUCCUGGACCUCGCUCAGGCGAUCUAAUGAAACGUGAAAUAACGUGCUAAUAAGAUACACGAGAACGAUAGGUACACUAACGGGCAAAAGAAUCUGAAUAGUUGCAGCGGAUCACGAAAGAAUAUCACACUUGUGGAAAUUGGCAAAGUGUGGACAGUCAAUUAUUCGUUAUAUUAAUAAACUGGAAUAAUUAAUAAGACCAUCUUUAGCGCUAAUUAUAUUUCUCGGCUCACUACCGUAUACUAAUCUUUUACCAAUUAUAUGUUUGCAAUAAGUUUCUUAUGACUUCUAUAUACAUUUUCGAAUUGGUUUCAAAUUUUAAAGAAUAAAAAAAGCUCGUUGCAUGGAACAAUAAUUUAGUUACGAAAGGAUUUGAUCUUCUUGUCAAACAGAUGAUUACACAGAUUCCAAUUGUAUGGAUUCAGUAAUUAAGCGCAAAAAAUAUCACUGUGAGAUUUGCAUCACCUCGUUUGUUGUUUGCUACGUGUAUAUUCCAUCGAUAGACGAGAUAUUGGCACUGAUAAUCAACA